AUGGAAGGGCAGGAGGAGCAGCCCCCUCGCGAGGCCAACACAGAGCCCAUCGUGACUUCAGGGGGUUCGGAGGUGGUGCCCAGGGUGCUCCCCGGAGAGCCCCAGAACCUGUCCGACGUGGACGCUUUCAACCUGCUCCUGGAGAUGAAGCUGAAGAGGCGGCAAGAGCGGCCCAACCUGCCGCGCACGGUGACCGAGCUGGUGGCCGAGGACGGGAGCCGCGUGUACGUGGUGGGCACGGCCCACUUCAGCGACGACAGCAAGAAGGACGUGGUGAAGACCAUCCGGGAGGUGCAGCCCGACGUGGUGGUGGUGGAGCUGUGCCAGUACCGCGUGUCCAUGCUGAAGAUGGACGAGCGCACACUGCUGCGUGAGGCCAAGGAGAUCAGCCUGGAGAAGCUGCAGCAGGCCGUCAGGCAGAACGGGGUCAUGUCGGGACUCAUGCAGAUGCUGCUGCUGAAGGUGUCCGCCCACAUCACUGAGCAGCUGGGCGUGGCCCCCGGCGGCGAGUUCAGGGAGGCUUUCAAGGAGGCCAGCAAGGUGCCUUUCUGCAAGUUCCACCUGGGCGACCGGCCUAUCCCCGUCACCUUCAAGAGGGCCAUCGCCGCCCUCUCCUUCUGGCAGAAGAUCAAGCUGGCCUGGGGCCUGUGUUUCCUGUCGGACCCUAUCAGCAAGGAUGACGUAGAGCGGUGCAAGCAGAAGGACCUGCUGGAGCAGAUGAUGGCCGAGAUGAUCGGCGAGUUCCCCGACCUGCACCGCACCAUCGUGUCUGAGCGGGACAUCUACCUGACCUACAUGCUGAGGCAGGCGGCCCGGCGCCUGGAGCUGCCUCGCGCCUCUGACGCCGAGCCCAGGAAGUGCGUCCCCUCCGUGGUGGUGGGCGUCGUGGGCAUGGGCCACGUCCCUGGCAUCGAGAAGAACUGGACCACCGACCUCAACAUCCAGGAGAUAAUGACUGUCCCCCCGCCGUCCAUCUCAAGCAGAGUGUCCUGGCUGGCCGUGAAGGCCGCCCUCUUGGGCCUGCUGGGCUACGGCCUGUACUGGAUGGGGCGCCGUGCCAGCAGCCUGGCCUUGUCGCUGCCUGCCGCCCGGUACUGCCUGCACAGGGCCUCCGGGGCCCGGCCACGCGAGUAGGAGGGACACGGGGCCACCACGCCCGCCGGGGGCUGCCCGCGGCCGCUCCUGUGACACGGCCGAGGGGCACGGGGGGCCGGCCCCUGAGGAGCGCCGGGUGCCGCCCCCAUGGGGGUCCGGCCUGGCCCCGCCUGCCCUCUCCCCACCCGCCCAAAUAAAGAGUUAUUUCACCGUCUGAGCUCGGGCUUCCCAGCAGCCCCCUCCACCCUCUCCCUGCGGGCCGCUAGGAGGUUCACCGGCCCGGGAGGAGCUGGCGGGGAGGGGUGAGGCGCGGCGGGCCGGCCCCUACCUCACUGUGCCUUCUCUCCGCGUCGCAGGGGGCGCCUCGCGGGGGUGCCGGGCCAGCACGCCGGCGAGGGGCCGCUUGGCCCGUGCAGCCCUUCGGGUGGCUCCUUGGUGCCCCCUGAGGGGGCGGUGGCCCCGGGUGAGCGCCAGCAACAGCUGUGCCUACAGAGGUUGUGUGUUUCUGGCUCUUAAAAGUGUCUGAAACUUUUCUACUCAGGUAAUUUUAACUUAAAACAAACUGAAAUAAAUGUCAGGAAAUACUAGCCUUAAAUCUGGUUGGGACAGAGAACAUCUUUCUCUUGGAGUCUCGGUCCCAGGAAGACAGGGGUGUGGCGAGGGUCAGUUUCGGCCAUGGGCAGCCAGGCUGGCCUCCAACUGCUGCCCGUCCGGCUGCCCCCGUGGUCCACCUCCAGCCGUGGGGGGCCCAGGGCCGCCGCCGUCUCGGGGUGGAGCCUGCCUGGCCCGCGGGCGGUUGAACCUGCUUCCUGUGCAGCUGGUGGUGGGACCUGGGGGUCACCCCGACCCUCAGUGGAUGGGUGGCAGUUGUCCACCAGGGCCCGCCAGUUUGCACAGGAACCGCCUUGGGUGCAGCUGGGCCCAAGGUCGAGCUGGCCCCACACAGCACUUGACCCCGGUCAUUACCUGUUUGCGUCGUGUCCUGGUCACCUGUUUUCGACGUAGCAUCUGUGCAUCCCGUCAGGGGCCCAGGGCCACGUUUGGUUGUAUCUGUGUUGACUCAGUGUCUAAAUCAGGUGAAACCCACGGCCACAAUCUGGGCCGGGGAGCCUUGGGCUGGGCCAUGUCCUUGUCAUUCACACGCUCGUGUACACGUCCCUUAGAGACUGAAAUAAAAUCUAAUUUUG